ACGUCAUACUCUUCGCGCCUCUUCCCCCGCCUUCUGGGUGGCUAAAGUCCGGUGGCAGGAGGCGUAAAGCGGUGCUUUUUCCGAGGCCGUCUGGCGGUUUUUUGAGGGGGAGCCCCAGUGGCUUAAAAACCCGAGGGAAUCUGGAUAGGGGCCGCCACUCCUAGCCCUCCUUCCUUCGAGUUUGCGACUCCGCGGUCCAAGAUGGACAAAGUCUGUGCUAUUUUUGGAGGCUCCCGGGGCAUUGGGAGGGCAGUGGCCCAGUUAAUGGCUCAGAAAGGCUACCGACUGGCCAUCAUCGCCAGAAAUCUGGAACUGGCCAAAGCCGCCGCCGGUGACCUCGGCGGAGAUCAUUUGGCAUUUAGCUGUGAUGUUGCCAAAGAAUGUGAUGUCCAAAAUACAUUUGAAAAGAUGGAGAAAAAUUUAGGUCGAGUUAAUUUCUUGGUAAAUGCAGCUGGAAUUAACAGGGAUAGCCUUUUAGUAAGAACAAAAACUGAAGAUAUGGUAUCCCAGCUUCAUACUAACCUCUUGGGUUCCAUGCUGACUUGUAAAGCUGCCUUGAAGACUAUGAUUCAACAACAGAGAGGGUCUAUUGUUAAUGUAGGAAGUAUUACUGGUUUAAAAGGCAAUUCUGGCCAGUCUGUGUACAGCGCCAGUAAAGGAGGAUUAGUUGGGUUUUCUCGUGCUCUUGCUAAAGAAGUAGCAAGAAAGAAAAUUAGAGUGAAUGUGGUCGCACCAGGAUUUGUUCAUACAGAUAUGACGAAAGACCUGAAAGAAGAACAUUUAAAGAAAAUUAUCCCUCUUGGGAGGUUUGGAGAACCUAUUGAUGUGGCACAUGCGGUUGUGUUUCUUUUAGAAUCACCAUAUGUUACAGGGCAUGUUCUGGUAGUGGAUGGGGGAUUACAACUCAUGAUAUAAUUUACAGAUUAUUCAGUUAAAAUAGUGAUUAUAAUCAAAGGCACACUUGGGCUGUUGAUUUAUUUGUAUUUGGGCUGUUGAUACCUACAUGGGUGACAUUUGCUAAUCAAACUUAUUGAUGCUACAAAUACUAUUUCCAUUUUUAUAUGAAUAUGUCUAAAAAGAACAGUGUGUGACCAGUUGUGUUUUCUAAAUGCUAAGAACCUUAUAGGCUGUAGCAAUCUUUUUUUUUUUUUUUUUUUCCAACGUUUAUUUAUUUUUGGGACAGAGAGAGACAGAGCAUGAACGGGGGAGGGGCAGAGAGAGAGGGAGACACAGAAUCGGAAACAGGCUCCAGGCUCUGCAGAGCCGGACGUGGGGCUCGAACUCACGGACCGCGAGAUCAUGACCUGGCUGAAGUCGGACGCUUAACCGACUGCGCCACCCAGGCGCCCCAUAGGCUGUAGCAAUCUUAACAUAUAGACAUUUGCAAGUGCUAUAAACAGACAUUAUUUUAAUUUACAUAUUUUGUUGCGAAAGUGACAAAAAUUAUAUGGUCUAAUGGUUAUGAAUUAUUUCAUUGUAUCAGGCAAAAUUCUCUAGAAGUUAACCUUGUGAGCCAUUGCUAAGAUAAGAGUAUUUAUAGGGCAUUGGUUAGUUGACAGUAUUUUAGCAGUCCUGCCAAAGUUAAACCUUGUAUUCCUUUUAUAUAUGCCUUAGAAGAUCAAUUUUUAUACAGGUUGGAAAAAAACAUCAGUUAGAUACAGGCAUAAAUUUAGAAUCCAAUUUCUUUGAGUGCAUUACUCCUGAUUAAGCAGUUGGGCAAAAUAAUUUACAAAUACAAGUGUGGUACAGUUGAUCCAUCCUGUAGAAUUUCUCAAAGUGAUGUGUAAUAAUAACCCUUAAGGUUUUAAUAUCUCGUAUAGUAAUGAGCUACAUAGAUAUUAUCAAUUUAGGAAAUAGAAGUAGUUUUUUUGUGUGUGUUUUUUAUCCUCAAAACACUAAUUUUAGCAAACUACUUAAAAACAGUGUAAGAAAUUAUGACAUUUUAAAAAUUCAGAAUAUUUUGUAUGAAUGAAUGUAAUAAUUUUUAUUAUAAAAUUUUAGAAAUAAUUACUUAUGAAUAGCAUAAAUGAUACUUUAAGUAAAUAUGCAGUAACAGUGAAUAAGAUGUCUUUAUAAGGAACAGUUAAAGCAUUAAUUUUAAAAGAAAAUAUUUGCCCGAGAAUGGAAGACACAAACUGAAAUAUCAGGCAACAUCUAUUUUGCAUUGAACUCUUUUCUGGGGAAUAGUGUGAUAUUUUAAAUGUCACUGGAUUCAUGUUGAUUUUUAUUAUUUAUCAUUUUGAAAUAUGGUUUAAAUAUUUACUGCACUUUAAAAAGUAGGUUUUAUUGGAGCUGAACAUUAUUUUAUGUAAACAGAUUUUAUUUUAUAUUGCAAGUCAGUGCAAAGGUGUGAAUUGGAUGUACUAAAUAAAUGCAAUGUGAUAAAAGUAAUAAAAAUAAAAAAUAAAAAGUAAUAAAGUCAGAUCUAAUUUC